AUUAGGUUAAUCUCGUUUCGAUACGAGAAGCCUGCAACUUAUUAUUGUUACGCAUAAGAGCAGGUUAUACCUUUCUGAUCUCACGUUAUUUUAUAAAAAAAUAUACAAUCCAUCUUUGAAUUGAUUCUUCCAGAGUCAGCUUCUAUUUAAAUUUAUUUAAAACACCAAACUACAGCGAUCGAAACAAAAAAUGUUUUUCUAUAAAAUUAUAUACAUCGCGCGCAGAAUAUCACAGCGUAAAAAAAGUGUCAUCGUUGAAAUAAAAGUUUUCGUGUCAGCAUUUCGAAAGUUACACGAAAGCGUGUCAUAUUUAACUCGCAAUUUUCAAAGAUAAUUAAAAAGUAAUUAUCUUUCGUACAGUUUCGAGUAGAUUAAGAAAAGUAAUCGCGGUUUCAUUGGAUAGAUUACUUUGAUAUGAAUAUUUCCGAGAAAAACUGUAGCAGAACCAGGGAAAAGAAUGACAGGUGUCCCAUGCGGAUUAAAGCGAAGGAGGGAACGGAAAGGAAACCGACGCGCGCUUCGGUGCUCGGUUUAUUGCACCUGGGUGGUUUACGUACAGCAUUAUAUAAUUAUUUAUUUGCUCGUGCAAAUAAUGGAACAUUUAUCUUAAGAAUUGAAGAUACGGAUCAAAGUAGAUGCGUACCUGGAGCAAUAGAAAAAAUUCAAAACGAUCUAUUAUGGUCUGGAAUUAUAUCUGACGAAGAUCCCAUAAGAGAAGGACCCUAUGGGCCAUAUAUACAGUCAAAACGACUUGAAAUAUAUAAAGAACAAGUACUUAAACUUUUAAGUAAUCAAUCUGCAUAUUACUGUUUCUGCACAGAAAGCAGACUGCAGUUAUUGCGAAAAGAAGCUUUGAAGUGUGGACAAGUACCUAAGUAUGAUAACAGAUGUCGACAUUUGACUAGCAACAAAGUGAAAGAGCUCCUUGAUAAGGGACAUCCGCAUUGUAUCAGAUUCAAGUUAUCUUCUGAUCCUGAAUGCGUCAAUGAUAUAAUAUACGGUAAAGUAGUUCACGAUGUCGCGCAAUUCGAAGGAGAUCCAAUUAUUAUUAAAACGGAUGGUUAUCCGACCUAUCAUUUUGCAAAUGUCGUCGACGAUCAUUUCAUGAAAAUAACCCACGUUUUACGAGGAAUCGAAUGGCAAAUAUCUACACCUAAGCAUUUAAUGAUGUAUAAAGCAUUUAAUUGGACUCCUCCCAUUUACGGCCAUUUACCUCUAAUACUAAAUGCCAAUGGAACAAAAUUAUCAAAAAGGCAAAACGACAUAAACAUCGAGUUUCUUAGAAAAGAAGGAAUUUUUCCAUUGGCAGUUAUAAAUUAUGUUAUACACGCUGGCGGUGGUUUCGAUAACAAAGGAGGUGUUGAAUAUAUUAAUUCUUAUGAAGAAUUAAUUAAACAAUUCGAUAUCUCUAAAAUAAAAGUGAGUUCUAAUAAACUCAUACCCGAGAAAUUAUUGCAAUUUAACAAACUGGAAAUUUCUAAACUGGUAGCGAACGAAAAAAAUAGAACAUUUUUAGUUGAAAGAAUUCAAAAACUAGUCAUAGAAGCAUUUCCAGACAGGAAAAAUGAUGGAAGUUUACAAUUGGACGAGGAUCAUAUAAUGGCAAUAUUGAAAUGGGGACAGGAAAGAAUAUAUAAAUUAAGUGACCUGGUAUCACCAAAUUUAUCCUUUUUAUGGAUUGUGCCAACUGCACCACUAGAUGUUACACAAUCAGGAUGUUUAGAUGUACUUAAACUGUUUACCACGAAAUUAACCGAAACCGAUACUCAAACAUACAACAAGGUAUGGAUUAAUGAUUACCUUAGAGAAUUAGCUAACGAACAUACUAUUCCAUUUCCGAAACUAAUGCAAGCUUUACGCAGAAUUCUUAGUGGUUUGAAUGACGGCCCACCUGUUGGCGAAAUGAUGGAAAUUUUAGGAAAAGACACUACGUUAUCGAGGAUAAACCGUUACAUUUCUUGAAGCUAAUCUUGUGAUCGAAUAUAUUUCUAAGUUUAUACGAUGUAUUUAAUAUAUUUAUUAAAUAUAAUAUUUUUACUUUGAA